UCUUUUGAUAAAGGCUUCUUAAUCGGGGCGAAGGCAGACAUGGAGGAACUGAGCGCCGUGGGAGAGCAGGUUUUUGAUGCGGAAUGCAUUUUAAACAAACGACUCAGAAAGGGAAAGUUGGAGUUUCUUGUGAAGUGGAGGGGAUGGUCAUCCAAACACAACAGCUGGGAGCCCCAAGAAAACAUCCUUGACCCGAGACUGUUGGCUGCUUUCAACAAGAAAGAACAAGAAAAGGAGCUUCUGUUGCGUAAGAGAGGGAAGAGACCGAGAGGACGACCACGAAAAAUCCUUGAAAAUGUGCCUGAAGCUCCAAAGUCGAGCAGCUCCUCAUCUGGCUCAUCAUCAUCGUCCUCUGAUUCCUCCUCCUCAUGCUCCUCCUCUUCAUCCUCAUCGGACGACGACGACGACGACACCAACAACAGCAGCAGCCACGUUAAACAAGCAAACCCGGGUGUCAGAACACGAGACCUUCAUCCUGUCCCUCAGAAGAAAGCACAGAUUGUUAUGGCGAAACAGGAGCCCGCGAAGAAACGACGCAGAAAACCUCUGCCCCCUGAAGUGAAGGAAUUUCAACAGAGCAAGGGCCCUCGCAAAAUUCUCAAGACGUCCAAAGAUACAGAUCUUCCCGGAGCGAUCAAGAAGCCCGUUCACCCGGCCAGCUUCACCUUCAUGGGUUUCCACCGGGGCUCGGCCAGGGAUACAGUGGGUGGUCAGAACAGGAGCUCUCUGGCCCAGGGAGGGGCUAUUAAAAACUCCAUGAGCUCUGUUGGAUCUGGCAGGUCAGUCCAGCCUUCCCCCCUCUCUCUGAACAAAUCCAGCCAAAGCAGGAAUGUCACUGAGGGUAAACUGUCCAUCUCCAGUAUGAGCAGCGAGACAAGUCUGGAUUUGAAAGCAGCUGCCAGUAAAUCAAAAGGAGUUGCAGCGUUGAAUUUGAAUACAUCCAAACACCCCAUUCAAGGAACCACUCAGCAUACACUAAGCUCCCCCAAUGGACAAAAGAAACCUCAGACCCCCAUGUCAACACUGCAGAGGAUACCCAAUACUAAAGCAGUGGCUUCCUUACCAUCCAAGAACGCCUCCACCAAUCAAGGUUCUGGCCUUCAGCCGCUCAACCUUCAGAACAAACGGGUGCAAAGCAAAGAUGCUCCCGGAAACGGCACUACACCAGCGUCAGGUCUGAGAAAUGCAACGACCCCGGCAAGGAAAACUACUGUAACCCAAAAUCAGGAGUAUAAACCCGCCCAGAGUCCAGCUACCCCUGGAGGACUGCAGGCCAGGAAGAACCAGUCUGGAGCAGACAAAGUCAAAGAAACGACUGAAAUCCAGACCUCAAGAGCCCAAAGCAGGCUGGAGAAGAGCGGUGUGCAUAAAUCCUCCACAGAGGUCCAGAGCCAGCAAGAGAGGUCGGCCUCCAAAGACGGCAAGAAAGCCAAAAUGAACGAAAUGAGCACCGGCGAAGAGGAGAGCAGCUCAGAUUCCGACCAGGACUCCUCCUACGCCGUUCAGGAUCGCUCCGUGAUGGUCCAGAACCAGGACUGGAAGCCCACACGCAGCCUGAUAGAACACGUGUUCGUCACGGAUGUCACUGCUAAUCUAGUCACCGUCACAGUCAAAGAGUCACCCACCAGUGUCGGCUUCUUCAGCAUCCGAAACUACUGACUGGACACUAGACAAAGCAAACUACACGGGCAUUGAAGCAUAAAGAGGGAAUUUAAAGUUCCAAGCAAACUAGAUAAAACUUUGGACGGGGAAAUCAUCAGGAGACGGAGGUUAAUUUGCUCUUCCAAUUUCUUCCAGUAAAAGACCAUUUUUAGCUAAAACAAAACCUAAAUGGGGGGAAAAAAAGGACAGACUGUUGGUUAUUGAUUAUGGUAAUUUAUUUCCUUAUGUCUACAAAAUGUUCAAGAAAAUGGCAGCGGAGGAAGGGCAAAGACUUUAAAUCAUAAAGCUUCAAGCCCACAGAGAUGCAAGAGUUUGCAAAAUGGUCUUUUCCUGAUAAUUGUGUGGUUGCAGUGGGUCCAAAAUUACAUAGUUACCGGAGUUCUUGAGAAAAAUAGCUCAAGGUCAAGAACUUUGUUGAAGGGAAUGCAGGGUGUCUGCAAAACCGAUGCCCUUUUCAAAUGUUUUGAGUCAGCAGCUGCCAGAAAUUCAAAGCAUUUUUCUUUUAAUCUGAUUUAGCCCACUAUGAUAACCACUGGAUGUAGGUUGGUUAAUCUAUGCGAAAAAAUAUGAAUGUUAAUUUCCGUACAUUCAUCCAUAUCUCCUGUUUCUCUGCUUUGUUAUAAUAACGUACACUGCAGAUAAAAGACGAAAUGAAGAAAUUACGAAAGGGUCGGCAUGACCGGGAGGGUUAGCUUCUUUUAAUGGCUAGCAGAUAUUUAGUUCAUAAUGUGUCAGUGUUGUGAAUCCAUAUCAAUCAAUAGGUAAUGAAAAACACCUUUUUUAAUUCUUAGUAGUAUUGAGUCAAUAGUUAUGUUUAUUUUUGUAAUGUUUCAUAAAUUAGCUACCUCUGUUUUACUCAACAUUUGCUGCAUUAUGUAUAUUCAUUUCGUUUGGGAUAGGAGAACCUUUCCCUCCAGGGUAUACUAUCAUUUUGUCCAUAUAUAAUUGUUUUUAUUAUAUAGCUCUAAAUGUACUGGACUCUCAUGUUGUAUUUGUGUUAGUACCGGCGACCAGUUUGAGCAGCAGACAACAGCUUUAUUUCUGUGUAAUGAAAAGCUUGCGGUGUUGAACUGUGUGUGCACCAUUAUCAGGCUCAAAAAGAAGUUUCAUAGCACAGUGCAGCCGGUUUAUCAGUGCAGUUUUUUUCCAAAUGGGUUGAAGCAUGUGGGGAGUCAAGAUACAGUAUCUCUGUUCCUCCCCGGCGCUCAGAUAAGACUCGGGUCCUGGCUGAGGUUUGCUCUUCUGUCUUCUUCGCUUCAGUUUCCACUUCGACAGGGUAUUCACCAGCAACUUUAAUCAUCUCGGACUUGUAAUUAACACGGGACAGAAAUCAGAGAAUAAGUGCUCGUGUUGAAAGGGCAGGACGAUCGUGGACGGUUUCACCUGACGAGGUUCUUCCCCCUCCUGAGACCGCUGAAGGCAACUGCUUUGAAAGCGUCGAGGGGAGCGGCUGGGUGUGGAAGAAAACCCCGACAAUAAGCGGCUCGGCAUUGUUUGUUGCUGACCACAAAACUCCAGAUUUCAUUGUGUCUGUAGCUACUGGUUUUCAAAAUGUCUAGUACUGAAAUGCCAGGGUUUUUUUGUCUUUUUUUUUUUAACUUGCAGCUGCAGACGUCUCAUUUCACUUGCCUGCAUGGGUUCAGGAGCUGCAGGCCUGGCCUCCCAGAGAAGAAAAAAAAAAGUCUUUAUCUGAUGUAACGGAAAAGAAACCACAACAAUGUGUGCUACUUUCUGCUCCCUUGAGAGGAGUUCAGCAACAAAGCACUUCGACUGAACUCUUCUGUCUAAUCCUGCUCUGCAGACUGUGCCUUUCUUUCUGUCAAAGACUAAACACAAAGGCAUUACCCCAAAGAUAGCUAGAAUUUCAGGUUGUUCAAUAAGGAGUACCCCUAGAGCAUAGGAUGGAGACUGUGCCAUUUUAUUUUCUUGUCUGUAUUGUUUUGGGGGGAAAUGUAUGAAAUGGACAAAUAUUUGAUGCCUUAUUGAAACAGUAAGAGGGGUUUAGAUUCACGUAAUAGAGGUAGUUUCCAUUCAGGAUCAGCAGAAAAACAAAAGGAGUGUAUUCUCAUAUCACAUGUGUUACAGGUGCACAUCAUUUAGUGUCUUUUUCCAAUAUAUCUCAGGAUAUACUGUAUAUGUUUUUACACAUUUCUAGGCUCAUUUAAAAUGUCACUUCUCACUACCGUGUAAUAGGCUAUGGGGUAAUGCAAAGUGUUCAUAUGAAAAUGUUUUGUAAUUCUUGUAAUUUGGGAGAAAAAAAAUGUUUUCAGUUGUGAUUUUUCUUUUUUUUUUUUUUAGAUCUACUAACCAUCUCAGUGGAAUGUUGUUCUCUUUUCAACCUAUUUAUUUCGAAUUAAAGAGCCUUUCAGGGUAGGACAGUGUCAUCAAUACUUGUAUCGUGCCACUUGUCAAAUUGACUAAUAAAUGGUACAACCUUAA